AUGUCCAUGCCCGAAUUCCCCGAAAUUGCUACCCCAGGGCAACCGCUAGCACCGGUAGCAUCCUACACCCUAGGCACCGGCGUCCACAUAUUCAAUGACCGGAUUUGCGCGUCAGUUGUUGGACAACCUUCGCUCUCUGCUCCCACAACAAAGAGUGAGUCAAAGCAGAUACUUUCGGUCCUACGGCCGAGCCAGUCUGGGAGUAGCGGGAAGCAAGGGGAUGUAGCUUUGACGAACCUGCUGCCACAGGUGGGGAAUAAUGUACUAGCAAGAGUUACCAGAAUCAAUCCAAGACAGGCGACAGUGGGUAUCUUCGUGGUGGGAGAUACGGUUUGCAACGAUGAGUUCCAGGGAAUCAUCAGACAGCAAGAUGUUAGGGCGACGGAGAAGGACAAGGUCAAGAUAUUUUCAAGCUUUAGGCCCGGAGAUAUCGUGAGGGCUCAAGUUAUAUCUCUCGGUGACCAGUCAAACUACUACCUCUCGACAGCCAGCAACAGUCUAGGGGUCGUAGUCGCUCACUCUGACUCUGGCGACCCAUUACAUCCUCUAAAUUGGCGUCAGAUGGCGUCAUCACGGACAGGUGCGGUGGAAGAGAGAAAAGUGGCCAAGCCAAUAUAA